CGCGUUCUUUUGUGUUGCAUGUUGCAUGUGUGCCGCCGGGAUGCCUCGUCACUUGCCAGCAACCCGCGUGUCAGUCAAUGCCCAGUGACCGCCUUUUUGCUCUUAAACUCUAUUUUUUUUAUACUGGGCCCUUAUCGAGAUGGGUCCAAUCAGCGGCGUCAAUUGCAACGGCAAAAUGGGUUUGGUUUGCAAUCUUAAUCGCGUCCUGGCACCGUAGCACACGCAUAUCGCCCGCACCAGCUCCAGCCAAGGGGACCCGUUCUUUUGAGGUUAGAUUCGUUUUCUGUUGGCCUGGGCCUGAGCUGGGGACCAGACAAAAGAGGACACACGUGGGGCUCGCCGGCCAGAGGGGCAGGGGAGACAUGGAUGGCACCCGUUGACAGACACGCAGCCAGAUGCAGGGUCCCUGUCAGUUUCGAACGAGAGUAAAAAAAAAAAAUGGGAGAAAAAACGGACAGUCGCUGGCUGGUGGUCCCCUGGUGGUCCCCUGUUGCGGUUUCGCUCGAGCGGGCGGUGGAAGAAGUUUAAUUCCUCCUCCUCUCCCUCUUUUUCUCGCCCGCUUUCCCCCCUUCCCUCCCCUUCUCUUUCCUUUCUCAUCUCCCCCAUCGCCUCUCCGUCUCCGUGGAUUUGGCUCCCUCCCCCCAGAUCCAUACAAUCAGCCCAAGAUGGCGACCGCUAUCACCACCACCGAGACCAGGAGUCGCAAGGCCAACGGCGGUGCCAAUGGCGUGCUCAAGACCAAGGUGGUCGAGUAUCCCGACAUUCAGACCAUCCGCGAUGCCAUCCCCGCCCACUGCUUCGAGCCAACUAUCCUCCACUCGAUGGCUUAUGUCUUCCGCGACCUCAUCAUGGCCGGCGCCCUUGGCUGGGCUGCCUUCACCUACAUCCCCCAGAUCAACGACAGCAUCGUCCGCGGUCUUGCCUGGGCCCUCUAUGGCUACCUCCAGGGCCUCGUCCUGACGGGCGUCUGGAUCUUGGCUCACGAGGCCGGCCACGGCGCCUUCUCCAAGCACCAAAACUUCAACGACGUCGUUGGCUGGGUCCUCCACUCGGCUCUCAUGGUGCCCUACUUCUCCUGGAAGUUCUCUCACCACCGCCAUCACCGCUUCACCGGCCACAUGGAGAAGGACAUGGCCUUCGUCCCCGCCACCAAGGAGGACCGCCAGAAGCGCCGCCUUGCCGACCUCUACCUCGACCGCGAGCUCUUCGAGGACGUCCCCCUUGUCCAGCUCGUCAAGCUCAUUUUCCACCAGCUCGCCGGCUGGCAGAUGUACCUCUUGUUCAACGCCACCGCCGGUCCCGCCAGCAAGCAGCGCGAGGGCGGCUGGCUCCGCGUCAGCCACUUUGAGCCCACCAGCGCCGUCUUCCGCCCCAGCGAGGCCGUCUACAUCUUCAUCACCGACGUCGGUCUCGCCAUUGUCGGCUACUGCCUCUACCUCGCCUCAACCAUGGUCGGCUGGAAGAUGGUGUUCCUGAUGUACGGCCAGGCCUACUUCUGGGUCCACCACUGGUUGGUCGCCAUCACCUACCUCCAUCACACCCACCCCGACGUUCCCCACUUCGACGCCGAGAACUGGACAUUCGUCAAGGGCGCCCUCGCCACCGUCGACCGCGACUUUGGCUUCGUCGGCCGUCACCUCUUCCACGGCAUCAUCGACACCCACGUCGUUCACCAUCUAUUCCCCCGCAUCCCCUUCUACAAGGCCGAGGAGGCCACCGAGGCCAUCAAGCCCGUGGUCGGCGACCUUUACCACCAGGAGAAGGGCUCGUUCCUCGGCUCGCUCUGGAAGACCUUCACCACCUGCAAGUACGUCGAGGCCGAUCCCACCGUGCCGGGCACUCUUAAGUGGGCCGAGAGCAAGUAAAGAGCAUCUCUUUUCGCGCUUGAUAUCAUUAUUUCUGCUCUUCCUUGGAAAGGGGCCAAGUCCCCAGGGAAUGAGAAUGAUUAGGGAUUCAUGAUGGGAGGCUGGCUUGUAUAUACCCCAACGGCAACACAGCGACGGAAGGAGUUCAUCCCAUUGACGAUGACGAAGACGAGAAAUAUACAAAACAAACAAAAUUAGAGCGGGUAGAGAAAUAGACGAUAGAGACUCGAAAAAAAACAGCUACAAGAAGGGGCUAGAAGCAGUUAGCCAGUCGAGCGAGCAUUGCAUGCUGAGCGAGCGGGAUAAUAUAAUUGUUAUUGGAACCACAACACCCAUUUGUCAGGGUAAGCUGACUUGUCCAUGUUGAGAAAUUACCCCGCAGAUAAGCAUGUUACACAGCCAGCAUUGAUCGGACUUUGGUAUAAUGAAGGGAAUAUAUACAAUUUUAUUCUCACAAUACAUCUAAACCUCCUUCUAUCCUUUUCUUCGUCUCAACCCUUCACUUGCAGUCUCAUUCCCCGAGUUGGCACCCAAGGUUGACUCGCUCCCCUCGUACCGAAAACUGAAGUCGACCACACCAACCAACCCACUCACCGCCUUGACCAGCCCCUCCAGGUCGUCACAUACCAGUGUGGUGCAUACCUGCAGCACGGCAAACUCUGCGUAUCCCGGCUGUUCCAUGUUUCUCGGAUCCAGUAGAUUCACCUCAACCGGCCUUCUCUUCCUUGGACGGCCGCCAUCGUGGUGCUCAGGGAUGUGAUCAAGUUUGUGGCUCGAACGAGUGGUGCGCUUCCGCAGCAACCUGUCCUCGUCGCGGUCAUCUCUCCCUGUUCGGGAGUCGACUAGUCUAACGGGGGCGCCAUCCGACUCAUUGUCUUCAUCAUCUUCUUCGCCCGGUCCUUCCUCGGAGCCAUUGUCCUCGUCGUCGUUGGCAUGUUUGGGGUAAGACUUGGAUGACGACAGCGUCAUCAGCCGUCUCGUCAUCUCGUACGGCCUUGGCAAGGGCAAGAAAGGGGGUAGCCUCUGGCCUGACAAUAGAGAGUUCGACAGUAGCGUCAAUGUGGACAGAAUUGAGUGAUGUGUUGGUCUCAGAGUGCGCAGAACCUUGGCGAGAGCGUUGAGCCAUUCGCGGCUGCGGAUAUGGGUUUCAUCGCCAUCCUCCCCGUUGUGUUCUUUCGAGGUGGCGUGAUAAACACGCGUAGGGUGCAUGAGCGUGUAGCUUAUAAGGGUGAGGUGCGAUCUGUCAAUGGGGAUGGAAAUAUCGUCCAGAAAAAGGCAACGAGACUGCCACCUGCCACGCAAGCUAGACGAUACGGAGCGAGCAAGUAUGUUGGAUACCAGGGCUGCCCUGUUCGUUCGGCAAUCUCCUUUCCAAGUCGGAUAGUCUGAAGCUCAUACCCGAUAAUGAGUACUUGGGUGACGAUGGUGAUCAUGAUGGCCGGAAUGAAACGAGGGUAUUUGAGGAAGAAGUAGUAGCUGAUGAAGACGAAGAACCACAUGAUCACAAUGGCGCCGGCGGGCUGUUCAUCAACGAUAUACCAUAUGAUCAGGGACAACACCAUAGCUAUGACUGUGCCUCCAACUCGGCAAAGGAAGCCAAAAAAGGACUGGCCCGAUGCUGUUGAUGUUAGUCAGUUCAAACCCGACAUGGCUGGUCGAAGGGAUAGCUUACUCAUUGUCAUGCCAAGGGCGAUUAUGAUCAUGGCCCAAACCAGUCUUUGUUCCAUAAAAAAGCGCUGGGUUUCUUCGAGAAAAGCCACAAUCCCAACCGUCAUGGUAGCACAAGCUACUCGAAACCCAAACAUGGACUCUUCGGAUCCCAAAAAAGCAGAAAUCUUGCGUAGCCCAUUGCCAAAGUGCUGCCAAGCUGUUUCUGGUGGCAGGUGCUCCGGAUCCUUCUUUCGGUUGUAGCCAUCUCCAAAGUAUACGAUGGUGUUUCUGGUCUCUGUGAGAUCUGGCGACUCUUCCCCUGACGAGUCUUCGUUGUUGAAUACCGAGAGGAGUAAUUUCUUUAGCCGUUUAUUCGACGGUAUGAUGAUCCUAUUUCUAGACAUAGUCCCAUCGGCCAC